CCGGAGACGAGUGUAUAGAGCGAGACUUCAGCGCUUCACACACACACACAGCACUGUCAUCUGCUGCAGACACACUCAGAAGAAGGGAGGAUGCAGACGGCACAUCACAGCCUCAACAAACACAGACAACAGCAGGCCAUGAUGCUGAGCAGAGAAGCCAAAGGAGGUCUGAACCUGGGGAAGAAGAUCAGCGUUCCUCGAGAUGUGAUGAUGGAGGAGCUGAACCUGAACACAAACAGAGGAUCCAUCAUGUUUCAGGAGCGCCAGAGGAGAGUGGAGAGAUUCACACUGGAGAACGCAGCAGAAAACCCCAACUUCAUAUACAACCACAUAGAGCAGCAUGCAGAGAGUCAGACAGAGGUGCAGGGAGGGAAGGAGAACCUGCUGCAUCCACUGGCUGGUAAACACAGUCUGGCCGCGACCCUGAAGAACACCGUGGCCAAGAAGGGAAGCCCAAACGCCCUCGCACCAGGCUACUCCGGGCCGCUAAGAGAGAUCCCUCGAGAGAAAUUCAACUCCACGGUGAUCCCGAAGUUGUACUGCUCCCCAUGGAGGGAAGCGCUGGGAGAAAACCAAGAUCUGCUGUCGUCGCUUAACACAACCAUAGCUGAACCAGCGCAGAAACUGCAGCCGGCCAACUACAGGAGCUUCAACAGAGCGGCGGUGCCGUUUGGAGGUGCGGUGCGCAGUCAGAGGGUGAUUCCUGUCAUCAGUUUUGAAGCUCUGGAGCCUCCCAAUCUCUCAGACAUGAGCUCGGCAACAGUGUCCAAACGGCGCAACUUCAACAGAGCCCCGAGGGGAUGGGGCAUCGGCUACUCACCCGAGUCCAAUGACCUGUGAGAGAGAGAGGGAGAGAGAGGGAGAGAGCCUGACCCCUGCAGGUGAAGGCCAGCGGUGCCACUGAAGGCUCAGAUUUUACGUCAUUUGAAGAACAAAAUAAAACCUCAAGAUGAAAUGC